AUGCCCUUUUCUCUGUUCCACACGGAGAAUUCUUCUGCUUCUUCGGCCAUGACUUUGAUCGACGAUGUUUGUGCACUCAUGAAGGAGCACUACAGCGCCGAAGCUCCCGCACUCAGAAGCGCCAGAAUCAUCGCCAUGGGUUCAUCCAAAGUCGUCAUUAAAACCCUAGGUUCUCUCGGAGCUGAAGUGCACAAGCCCUCCCAAAACACCUAUUCUCCUUACUUUUACCCCGCCACCUUCUGCUUCGGUUGGAAGGGGGAGACUCGUGAGGAGCACUGGAAGCGUAUCAAGCGCGGGCUUGAUCACUGGGGUCCUGCCGGUGGUCCCGAUCUUAUCCUUGACGGUGGUGGUGAGGUUACCCACUUCAUCCAUGAGGGUGUGAAGGCUGAAAAGGUUUUUGCAGCUACUGGUCAGUUGCCAGACCCGUCUUCUACUGAUGAUGCUGAUCUCAAGCUUGUUCUCAGUAUGAUCAGGGAUGGGUUGAACACUGAUCCCAAGAGGUACCAUAAUAUGAAGGACGGACUCGUGGGUGUCUGUGUAGCGACCAACGAUGGUGCUAAGAGGCUUUUCCAGCUGCAAGCUAAUGGAACUCUCUUGUUCCCUGCCAUUAAUGUAACCGAGAGCAAGGUCAACAGUAACUUGUACGGUUGCUGCUACGCUCUGUUUGAUGGGAUAAAGAGAGCCACCAACAUGCCGAUUCAUGGGAAAAAAGCUAUUGUCUGUGGAUACGAUGAUGCUAGCGAGGGAUGUGCUAUCGCACUGAAGCAGGCUGGCGCUGACGUGUCUGUGUACGCGGUUGAUCCCAACCAUGCCCUUCAAGCUGACCUAAGAGGUUUUCAUGUUAUGAAGACCCCUUACGAUGUUGUUGCUUCUGAGGCAGACAUAUUCGUGACCAAUAUGAACAAGGACAAAAUGGAUGUGGUUAAACACGUAAAGAGGAUGAAGAACAAGGCCAUUAUUUACCACAUGGAUCCAAUAUUGGACUAUGCUGGAGUUCAGCAAUGCUUUUCUAGUAUGCAGCGUACCAUCGUCAAUCCUCAAAUCGACAAAUGGGUCUGUCCUGAGACUAAGUCAAGUGUCACUGUAUUGAAAAACACAGGCUGCCCAGCUGAUUUGAUGUCUUCUUGGUCUUUUGCAAGCCUCGUGUUUGCUGUGCUUGAGUUGUGGGGCAGGAGAGGAACUGGCAAGUACGAGAAUAAGGUUUAUGAUUUUCCUGAGCAUCUUGAAGAGAAGGUUUCUGCUCUUCACUUUCUUCCCAAGCUUACCAAGACCAAAAAAGAGACCAGAUCACAGGCUGAUCAGGUCUUUGUGCCGGAGGAAGGACAGGGAAAUAAUGUCUUCCCCAUGAGUGCUGAGCCAAAUGAUAGUAGAACUAGUGAAAAGAUCACCGAGAUAUUAGCCAUGGGUCUUAAGGCUUGUGGGGUUUUUGGCAUUGCCGCUCUGGGCCUCAUGAAUGCUGCCAAAGUUAGCUUCUCAAAGCCCACAGUUUGCUUAGAUCUGCCAUCUAUUACUAUUUGGGGUGGCGUCAGUUUUCUAUUAGCUGAGGAGAAUGAAGUUUUGAACUUGGAACGGGCAGAGGCGCACCGUUUGGAGAAGGGAAAAUUGGAACUUGGAAGUUGA